AUGCAGGCGUGCGAUCGCUGCCAUCGCCGCAAAUCGCGAUGUGACAAGCAGGUGCCUGUCUGCGGUCCCUGUCGGAAGGCCAACGUUGCCUGCGUCUACACUGACCGGUCCAAGGAGCCUACGUAUCGCAAAGAAGUCGUGGAACGCCUGGAGCGGCGUUUGAGACAGUGUGAAGCAACCAAUCGUGCGCUGGCUGCGAGGCUGGCGGCGGCACAGAGCGAGAGCAGCAACGCCGGUAACGGCUCUGAAGUCGCAGCAUCCAGGCAGAGUCCCAGUCUCGAUGCCAGCGGCAGCAGCCCUGGUCAACAGCAGCAGCAGCAGCAGCAACAGCUACAGCAACGGCCGAAGCAAGAGGGUGACAAUGAAGUGACGGAUGAGGUCUCGUUUCUCUCGCUGACCGCUGGCGGUGACCGUCAGUUCCUGGGCUCCGGCAGUGGCGUGCUCUUCGCCAACCUCGUCAGAGCCACCGUCGACGCUGCUCCAGUCCCGAUAUCGACGCCGGCAAGGAGCUCGUUCACUCCGCGGGCGUCAUAUCCAGAGAAUCCGGCCCGCGGUGGCAGCAUUGGCAGUGCUUUCUCAUUUGGUUCGCCUGCUGCAAAGUCGGAGACAUAUCAAAUCCCGCCGGAGCCGUUUGCGCGCGACCUCCACCAUGCAUACUUCGAGCACGACUAUCUCUGCUACCCGUUCCUGCAUCGACCGACUGUCCUCGCGGCCUUUGAGCAGAUAUACAGUGACCCGGCCGUCUUGGACCGGGAUGUCUUCUCGUGCUUCAUCUUCUACAUGAUCCUUGCGAUCUCGUCUGUAGACUAUCACAAAUUCGAUUGGCAGACCCGGCCUGAUGCUGAGAAUUUCCAUGUCAUUGCCCUGUCGAAGCUGACCGAAGUGCUACAGCUGGGGGGAAUCAAGCCUCUGCAGGCCAUCUUGCUGCUUUGCCAGUAUCGGAUGAGAAGCCCUAUCCAGGAUACCUCCGCGAGUAUGUGGCACCUGGUAGGUGUUGCCUGUCGCAUAUGCAUUGAGCAAGGCCUUCAUCGAGAAUCAACGUAUCCUCCCCGGACACCGUCAGACCGGAUGGAGACUGACUCGCCGAGUAACAUGGUUCGUGCGGAGGUGGGCCGGCGGUGCUUCUUCUGUGUCAUUGCUAUGGACCGUGUCGUGAGCAAUACUCUCGGUCGUCCUUUUGGGAUACGUCUAUCAGAUACAGACACGGCAUUGCCUGAUCCUCAAUAUGACCUGGAGGUAAACCCACCAGAAAGCAGCUUCCACCCAACUACGGAUAGUUUCUCUCGCACUGCCCUUUUCGUACAUAUAGUCCGGUACCGGAUCAUCUGUGGUAAAAUCUUAUUCUCCAUGGACAAUGGCCAGUCGGGGUCUCAGGAAUCCAACGAAGCCUCCGCCCUGUCUAAGCGUGACAGCUUAGCAGCAGAACUCGAACAGUGGCGACAUGACACUGCCUCACUCAGCUUGCCAGCUGUAGACUUAUCCAGCACAAUACCCGGUGACAGAUCAAGUUUCCGUGCUCACGAGUGGUAUGAGCUCCUGUAUUACAAUGCACUGCUGAUGCUGUACCGCCCUUCCCCAGCGCUGCCGGCAAUAUCAUCUACAGUACCUACCGCAAUACAGACCAUCUUUACUGCGGCCAAGCAGUCAAUCACCCUAUACGCGCAUCUUCACCGCUCCAGACGGAUCAAUUACACCUGGAUCACCCUCCAUGCCGUGUUCAUGGCAGGGCUCUCAUACAUCUAUGCUGUUGGCCGCCAUUUCCGUGCAAAGCGGAGACUAGCAAUGGGCGGACCGGCCGGGGUAAUGCUCGACGAAGACCCUUCGAUAAUCGAAAUCGUCAACGAAACUCGGGCCUGUUCAACUGUGCUGGUCGCUGUUUCCGAAAGAUGGAGCGCCAUUCGUCACUCGCAUGAAGUCUUCCACCGUCUCAGCGAUGCUGUGCUCUCAGAUGCAAUUGAGCUACUGAAUAACCCACCACCAACUACAUCAACAUCAGCUUCGGGUACCCAGUCUCUUGUCUCACCCAUGAAGAUGGGCCCCAUGGCUUCCCCAACAAGUCUGCCUACUUCUCACCUUUCGCCCAUGGCCAACGCAGGUAUGGACCAAUGGCCUAUCCCAGAUACCAGCAUGAGUCCCCAGUUAGCAGUUGACUCCGUGCUGCGAGACUGCUUCAGAGAUCUCCAGCACAUGAAUGAGUACAGCUAUGGAGAUGAUCCAAUCUGCCGUCUCUCGCAGGACUGGCUCGGAGAGAUUGGUGGAAUGGCCUUGGACGCGGUUCAUGUUUGGGGUGAAUGA